AAAAUCUCAUAACUAAAGAAGUAAUGUGUAGAUACAAAUGUUACAGCAUUUUCUUUUAGCUGUACUACUGCUGUUUGUUUUUUACUGCAGAAUAAGAAAAACUAAUGUCUUCACUCUUAACAGUAAAAUAUUCUAGACUAUAAAAUAGUCGAGAUUUUAACUAGAUUUUAAAUACUUGUCCAAUAAGCUUUUUACUGCAUUUCAUCACCAUUGGGUCACCAUAUUUAACAACCACCAGAAGUAUAAGUCGGCAUUAUAAGUGGGUACACGUGGAAAUUGGGUAAAGAAAUUCCCUCCAGGUGAGAAUUUCUAAUAAAAAGUAAAUGUUGUAUAAGAAAUAACUGAAGUCCAAUGCAUGUGAGUGGAUUUUUCUUAUGAACUGCAAACAUUUCUUUUUACAGGUCAGGAGGAGCUCUUUGCAUGCCAGAAGAGGAGGGUGUUAAAUAGUCAGACCUCCCAGUGUGCCGCUUGGAUUUUGUAAGAACCAACAAAUUUUAGGGGUUUUUAUCAGGUGCUAUUGGAUAAUCGCAGUGUUUUGGGUGCAAUCAGGCCUCUUAGGACUUUGUUUUCAUGUGGAGGGAGGGCAGAUUUUGUUGAAUUUCCUUGGGAAUUAGAUUACCAAUCAGGAGAUUAUCACCCCUUCCUGGCAGGUUUUUGGACUUUUAACUGAGCAUCAAAUAGACUCUCCGUCAACUCAUCAGCCUCAUUUCUAAGAACUGAAAUUAUCAAUCGCUUCUCUAAACUGACUCUUUAUUCUCUGCUGAGGUGACACUCCUAAUUGUCUCCUUCUUUGUCAAAGUCGCCUCCUCUCCCCACAGCUACUCCUGCGUGCCGCUGAAAGCUGAAAGAGUUAAGAAGAUUUGGCAGCUCCGCGGCAACCAGCCAGCCGGCGAGGGAGGAACUGGCUUCCGGUGGCCAGAGGCAGGCGGCUCACUUGCCCGGGAUUAAGUGGGAUCGGGAGAGAUUACAGCCCUCUCACCCUCUUUCUCGUUCCCUGCAGCUCGAUGAAAGCAUAGCGCUGCGGCCAGUCUCGGGGGAAUAUUUUCCCAUCAUAUUUACAUUUUUCCUGCACCCGUAUUGGUGCUCACACCUGCAGAAGCUGGAGGAUAAAAGCUUGGGGUGUUCCUGAGGAGUGAGACAUAAAGGUUUAUUCCAGACCAGCAGUCAGCAGGUGGUUGGGAUCAAAGGUCAGGGGUCCAAUGACCAUGAGGCAGGCGGUGGAGGCUCAGGUGUUAAACCCCCACUGUGAACUAGGAGAACACGGCCUGCGUCAGAUCCUGACAGACGUGAUUGAGGAGGUGAGGCAGUCUGUGAAUCAGGACAUCGACGGAGCAGAGAUCCUCCACAGUCUGCUGAACGCCUCCUGGCUUCAGUCGCUGCUCAAGGUUUAUGAGUGUCUUCAAAGGUACCUGAGAGACUCCCCAGCUCCGGCUCUGGACUACGCUUCAGGACUUUCGUUUCAGCUGCUGAUUGACAUCAGAGCCUUGCAGGGCUGCUCUGAAGAGGCCAAAGAGCUGUACCGCCUCCUGAGACAGCCACACCUGCAGGCUCUUCUCUCAGCUCAUGAUACGGUGGCCCAGAAGGACUAUGAGCCUGUACUGCCACCAAUGCCAGAUGACCUGCCGGACGAUGAGGAGGCCACCAGGAUCGUGUGCCUGGUCAAGAACAAACAGCCUCUGGGAGCAACUAUAAAGAGGAACGAGGUCACAGGGGAGAUUUUUGUUGCUCGCGUGAUUCACGGAGGACUGGCUGAUCGAAGUGGUCUGCUCCAUGCGGGGGACAGAAUCAUAGAGGUGAAUGGUUUUCCUGUGGAUGGGAUGGAACCUGAGCAAGUUAUCCAAGUUGUGCAAGCGAGGGCACAAGGCACCAUCAUGUUUAAGGUCGUCCCCAUCACAGAGAGGCCGGUCCACAACCAGACGAUGCUCUACGUGCGGGCCAUGGCGGACUACAGCCCGCAGCAGGACCCGACCAUCCCCUGCGCCGAUGCCGGUAUGAGCUUCAGAAAAGGCGACAUCCUGGAGAUAGUGGACCAGACAGACUCCCUCUGGUGGCAGGCCAAGAAACUGCCCAGCAGCACAACCUGCGCCGGCCUCAUCCCCUCCGCCAACUUGCUCAAACGGAAGCAGAGGGAGUUCUGGUGGUCUCAGCCUUAUCAGCCACAUGCCUGCAUACAGACCUUGAGCACUGUAGAGGAAGAGGAGGACAUGAUGGCCAUCGAUGAGAAAUGUGUUGAAGCAGAUGAGGAGGCGUUUGAAUCUGAGGAGCUCAGAGAAGAGGAGGAUGACUUCAGCAGCAACAUUGAAGGGAUCUACUUGGUGGGCUUCAGGCGCAGCAUGCGUCUGUGUCGGCGGCGGUCUCACAGCACCACCCAACCGUCCUGCCACACCCGCUCCCCCAGCAGCUGCUACAGAGACCUCAACAGCCCCUACGAGGAGGUGGUGCGCUAUCAGCGCCACCCACAGGAUGCUCACCGCCUCAUAGCACUCCUGGGUCCGUCUGGUGUGGGUGUGAAUGAACUUCGGAGGCGCUUGAUUGAAAUGAACCCCAUCAUCUUCCAGGGCGCCGUACCUCACACAACAAGAGCACCCAAAGGAUACGAGGAGUCUGGCAGAGAAUAUCACUUCAUCAGCCGAGAAAUCUUUGACAACAUGAUGUAUAACAACAGGUUUCUGGAGUACGGCGAAUACAAAGGAAAUCUGUACGGCACCAGCAUCCACUCUGUGAGGGAAGUUUUAAACAGCAGGAAGAUCUGCGUCAUCGACAUUGAGCCAAACGCCAUUCAGGCAGUGAGGACCCACGAACUGAAAGCCUACAUCAUAUAUGUGAAGCCUCCGCCUCUGGAGCGUCUCAGGGAGACCAGACAGGACUCGUUCAUCACCACCAACUACUACGUCAACAGGCCGUUCAAAGAUGAAGACUUUCAGGAGAUGGAAGAAGCUGCCCGGAAGAUCGAGUCCCAGUACUGGCAAUUCUUUGACCAUGUGAUUGUCAACGAUGAGCUGCAGAACUCGUGCGUCCAGCUGCUGACGGCGGUGACAAAGGCGCAGGACGAGCCGCAGUGGGUCCCCGCCAGCUGGAUACGACCCACCACCGAGUCAUAAGGGAGGACGGGGGGGGGGGCAAGGGGACAAGGGGACAAGAGAAGUGUCACCCCUCUUUUUAUGGCAGUAACCUCAUUUUACAGAUCACUGUAAAAUAAAAAUCUUAACAAAAUCAAUUUUAUGUCUAACACUGCAUGUUUUAGGGGAGUAGGGCAUGAAAGAAAUCCUCACAUUCUGAUCUUGUGUGCUUGAUCUGCUCCUUAAAUCGCUUCAAAUCCCCAAAGAUAAGAUUGAGCUGGACUCAAGCCCAAAGACAUCCCUGAAACUGUCUCACAUAUGAGAACAUAUGAGUUUAAACUCACACCCAACUAGAGUUUUGGAUUGUUUGUUUGUUUUUGUACUAAAAAGUUAAAACAACUUAAGUGCUCUUUCUUCUGGGCUUUUUGGAGAAACAAAAACAUUAGAUUUUCUGGAGUACGCAGAGCAUCAAAGCCAUAUUUCUAAGUGUAAGUUUAGUAUUAUGAAAGUUAUUAUAGACACAUAUUUCUCUUAACAGUUCACUGUGGCCCUGAAAACGAAACAGACAAGUUCAUUUCUUGCCCUGUUCCCCACUUGUGUACACAGACCUGCAGAAAAGAGCAUGACCUUUUUCAAAUUGAUGUUUACAUAUUAGAAAGCAAAGUGGUUUCUUGUUUAAUGUAUUUGUUUUUCAUUCUGAAUUUGUGUCACUUUCUGUGGUUUGCUAUAGCCUAACAUGUAUCCUUGCAUGCCAAAAAAAAUUACUGAGCAUUUAUUUAACAAACAGUUGUGAUUUGACACAAAAAUUACACUUUGUGCCCCUUAUGUGAUUAAAAUAAUGUGAUAAUGUGUGAAAGUGCAAGCAAGCAUUGACAUUUUAAGAUUUGUACCUGUUUGUGACAUUAAUAAACCACGUGUAAUAGUAA